UUUAACACGUAGAAUUGUUGAUCGCCUCGGGAUGCAUUGACAUCAGUACAUACAUCCCAUCUCCUCUAGCUCGCUCACUGCGAUUGAGAUUUCGUCUUCCAUAGUCCAAAGGUCGCUCUCUCUCUCUCUCUCUCUUCCCGCAUGACCAAUGUUUCAAUUCCAGAACCUACAUUUUCUUCUGAUCUUAUGGCUUUUGUUUUCUACAUCGGAAUCGGUUCGAUUCGACCUGCAAUCGGGUCACACUAAGUGCAUCGCCGAAGACAUUAAGAGCAAAUCCAUGACGUUGGGCAAGUACAGCGUCAUCAACCCCAACGAGGGUCAUCCCAUGCCCGAUUCCCACAAAAUCACCGUUCGGGUGACUUCGGCUCAUGGGAACGGUUUCCAUAACGCGGAGCACGUGGAAUCGGGGCAGUUCGCGUUUGAGUCGUCGGAGGCUGGGGAUUACAUGGCCUGCUUCUGGGCCCCCGAUCACAAGCCCCCGAUCACGUUGACGGUGGAUUUCGAUUGGAAGACCGGUGUGGCCGCCAAGGAUUGGUCUAAUGUUGCUAAGAAAGGCCAAGUCGAUGCCAUGGAACUAGAACUGAAGAAGCUGUAUGAUACUGUUAUUUCCAUCCAGGAUGAAAUGUAUUAUCUCCGCGAAAGAGAAGAAGAAAUGCAGGAGCUCAAUAAAAAAACCAAUUCCAGGAUGGGCUGGUUGAGUGUUCUUUCACUGUUUGUGUGCUUAUCAGUGGCAGGCUUGCAGCUAUGGCACUUGAAAACCUUUUUUGAGAAAAAGAAGCUCAUCUAAUCUUAUUAUUGACAAUUUGUACAAUUUUUUGUUUUGUUUUGUCUCGGUUGUGCCAAUGUAGAAUAUAGAACGUUGUACUUUUUCAAAUAGACUAAUUUUCAGAUGAA